AAGCGCUAUCCUCGCUCACCUAGCAGACUCAGUUCAUCAAGUUAAGCCUGAAUCAGCCUUCAAAGUCAUCUAUCGAGUACCACCUCACCCAUCCAAGUCGCUGCGUCUCCAUACCCUAGCCGCUGCGGAAGCGAUCGGCAUUCGUUUAUUCAAACCCAAUCUAUGCGCACAGAAGAGAUUGGCCCAGGCUACUCAACUACCGUGGCCGAAGAUCGAUCCCACGGAUGACGCAUCACAGCUUGAUUGCAGUGUUGUGGUGAUCAAGCGUCGUGGAACAGAUUUUUCUUUCCCCGACAUAUCUCAUCCGAAUUAUCGUGCCCUAGACUGGGGCCCUGAACCAAAACCUCAGCGAUAUUUUCGUCGUAUUCAAGCAUUUUCCCAAUGGGAGGAUGUGGAUUUCUAUCACCAUUCGUGGACACCGUGUGACAGUUCAAUCAAAGGUUCCAAUUUUCGUCAACUAUUCCAAAAAUACCAGGAAUUUGAUGCAACUGAGCUCUGUUAUCGUAGUUUUGUGAGCAAGGAAUUGGCUCGUCAUGCCUACCUGGUUAAGAAACAAAUAAAAGAGCUUAUCGGUUGUCCACGGGUAGUGCUCAAUAGCAAAAAAUUUCUACGCUCGUUUCAAGAAAGUUUACAAAAAAGAUAUUCAUCACUGUGUACUACUGCCCCAGGCCCAGUUGACGAGCGUGCACCCGCAAAACCCUCAAUCAAAUUGUUGCCCGUUGGCACUGUUUGGCAUCUUCCGCAGUCAUAUCAUUACGAUGGAACAGUGAAAAGCAGAACACGAACUGUGCCUCGGUCAAACUACACACCACGAAGCAGAGGUCUUGGUUUCAGACCACAGCGUGAGCUGGAAAGAGCGUCCUCAAUGCCGAGUAAAUCAAGUUCUAUUUUCGAACCAUGCAGAAAAUCGAACAUAUCUGGAGCGAAACAACUAUUGAUUCAUACGAAAUCGGAACCAGAAACCACGGAUGCAUUUCUAAAACGUGUGCUAUCCGUCGAAUCGAAACAGAUCACAUAUUUGUAUAACUUGGCCGAAUUGGCUCUGACACUCUCCCCAGUUGGGUCAAACUAUCGUAUCUAUGCAUCACACAGACCCAGAACAAGUUCGAUCGGAAAAGAAAGCGCAAAUCUGGAUCAAUUACCUCCAUUACCUCCAUCAGCUAAACCUCGUGUGGAUUAA